AGUCACUCUCACAGUCUCCCCUCCAUUUAACUCAACUCCCUCUCUAUUUCCCCACUUCCCCUCACUCUCUGAAAAAAACAGAGCAUCACCAAUGGACCGCUUCACCAUUUUCUCUCUCCUCCUCCUUCUCCCCCUUUCAUUCUUCUCUCUUUCAGAAGGUGGAACCAUUGGAGUAAACUACGGCAGAAUAGCAAACGACUUACCCUCCGCUUCUAAAGUCGUCAACCUCCUCAAAUCCAACGGCAUUGAUCGUAUCAAAGUCUACGACUCCGACCCUGCCGUCCUCCGCGCACUCGCCAACUCUAACAUUAAGGUCACCAUCGACCUCCCCAAUGAGCAGCUCCGCUCUGCCGCUACUCGUACCUCGUACGCCAGCGUGUGGGUUCUUCGCAACGUAGUUGCAUACUACCCGCGUACCCUCAUUGAGGGUAUUGCCGUCGGUAAUGAGGUCUUCGUCGACCCACAAAACACCACCACUUACCUCGUACCCGCCAUGAAAAACAUCCAUUUAGCGCUUGUCAAAUACGGGUUAGACUCCAAAAUCAAGGUUUCUUCUCCUAUUGCGUUGAGCGCAUUGGGAAAUUCUUACCCUUCUUCAUCCGGGUCGUUCCGGCCCGAGUUGGUUGACCCGGUUUUUAAACCGAUGUUGGAGUUUCUUCGGAAAACUGGGUCUGCUUUAAUGGUGAAUGCUUACCCCAUUUUUGCUUAUCAAGGUAACAGUGACGUCAUCUCGUUGGAUUACGCGCUUUUUAGGGAGAACCCAGGUGUGGUGGAUGCCGGAAACGGGUUUCGAUACUUGAACCUUUUCGACGCUCAGAUUGACGCUGUUUUCGCCGCAAUGUCGGCGCUUAAAUACGACGAUAUCCCCAUCGUUGUGACGGAAACUGGUUGGCCGUCGAAAGGUGAUCCGAUGGAAAUCGGCGCUUCCGUCGAAAACGCCGCCGCUUAUAACGGUAACUUAGUUCGCCGGAUUCUCACCGGCGGUGGGACUCCGUUGAGACCCAAGGCGGAGCUGACGGUGUUCUUGUUUGCUUUGUUUAACGAGAAUAAGAAACCCGGGCCGACAUCGGAGAGAAACUACGGUCUAUUUUACCCGACCCAGAAGAAGGUUUACGACAUUCCGUUGACGGUUGAGGAGGUGAAGAGCUGGAAAGACGUGAAAGGGAGUUCGCCGGCGCCGGAGGUGGUGACGCCGGCGGUGAGUCCGGCGACGGGAAAUGGUGGGGGGGCAGGGAAGGUGACGGUGAAGGAGACGUGGUGUGUAGCGAAUGGAGAGAUGAGUGAAUCGAAGUUGCAGGCGGCUUUAGAUUACGCUUGUGGUGAAGGGCAAGCGGAUUGUCAUCCGAUUCAACCUGGUUCUCCGUGUUUUGAUCCUAAUACUCUUGAGGCUCAUGCUUCGUAUGCGUUUAAUAGUUUUUAUCAGAAGAAUGGUCGGAAAUUUGGUUCUUGUGACUUUGAAGGGGCUGCCUUUGUUGUGUCUAAGCCACCAAGAUAUGGAAAAUGCGACUUUCCAACGGGAUACUAAUUUCAAAGGGUGACGUUAUGAAGCGUGUGAAAGAAUAGUAAUUGAGUUAUAAUUAUGUAAGCUACAGUACAAUUAUUAUUAUUAUUAUUAUUAUUAUUAUUAUUAUUAUUAUUAUUAUAGUCGUUUAGUUAAAUUUGGGGGGUGUUGUUUUUGUAUUUACUUGAAUAGUUGGGAGGGGGGCAGUUAAUUAAUAUUAAUUGGGGAACUGCCAGUAGUAGUAGAAAGCGGGUUAAAGUAGUUUUGUAUCAUUGGUAUGUAAUUAACUACGAACCAACUCUAACUUGCUUCUUUUACGGAUUAUUCUAUAAAUUGAUGCAUCUAUUUAUUACGGAGUACUAUUCAA